GCAGGUGGCGGGAGGCCUGAGCCCGGGCGCUGGGAGAGCGGAGCGGCGCUGGGGGCCCGCGGGAGCCCACCGCGGCCUCGGCACCUGGAGGGGGCUGCCCCUGUCCAGCACCCCCGGACUCUGCCACUAGGGGGCGACAGUGCCAUGUUUCUCCUGGUCCCCCACUACCCUGUGACCCCCGUAGCAGUAGGAGAGACAUCCUUUAGGAAUUAAGUCCGACAGCCGUGGGGCAAGGGGACGUGAGCUCGCAAAGUUGCCCAAUUUCGAGGUUCUUGAUUUUCGCUCUGUGCCUUGGUUUGUGGGGACACGGACCGUGGCCGGGCAGGUUUGGCGCCUCACUUCCUCUCCGCACUUGGUCGGGACACGCUAGCAGGGAGGGCUGCUCCGGCUGCGGCGCUUUCCUCCUCGCGUUCCUCCUGGAGUUAUUCCGCGGCGCUGGGUGGCAGCCCUGCUAGGGAGUGUCAUUCCCCGGAGGGCUUUGUCCUGAGGGCGUGGAAAGAUUAUUCCCUGGGGCGGGGAGAUGCGCACUUCCCGCGCUGCGCGCUUCAUCCGCGCCCGCCGCCUCCCCGCCUUCUUUUGCUCGGCGACGCGAACAUGUGCAGGCUGGUGAGCGAGAGCGCCCUGCACCGGGUGCCUUCCUCUGGGGCCUGGAACUCGGACUUGGCGCUUUGGAGAGCCUCGGGCGGCGGAGCGCCCGGGGGUUCGCCGCUGGGCUUCGAGGGCGCGCGUCCCCAGGAUCGCCAGGACGGGAGCAGCAAUGGGAACCCGCGCCUCCCCCACCUCUCCUCGGCCGGGCAACAUCUCUACAGCCCCGCGCCGCCCCUCUCCCAUACCGGAGUCGCCGAAUACCAGCCACCACCCUACUUCCCACCUCCCUACCAGCCGCUGACUUAUUCCCAGUCGGCAGACCCCUACUCGCAUCUGGGAGAAGCGUACGCUGCCAUCAACCCCCUGCACCAGCCGGCGCCCGCCGGCAGUCAGCCGCAGGCCUGGCCCGGCCGCCAGAGCCAGGAGGCUGCUGGUUUGCCCUCGCACCACGGGCGCCCGGCCGGUCUGCUACCCCAUCUCUCCGGGCUGGACGGCGGCGCUAUGAGCGCCCGCAGGGAUGGCUUCCGCCGCUCCGACCUGCUGCUGCCCCACGCGCACGCCCUGGACGCAGCGGGGCUGGCGGAGAACCUGGGCCUUCAUGACAUGGGGCAACAGAUAGACGAGGUGCAGGAAACUUUGUCAUUUCUCCCCCAGAUCGUGGAUGAGCAGCACCUGCUUCUGCAUGAUCAGACUGUGAUUCGAAAAGCUCUGAAGACUGCACUUCUGAUCCCAUUCACAGGUCCCAUUUCAAUGACCAAGAACCCCUUGAGUCUCCCCUGUCAGAAGGAGCUGGUGGGGGCUGUGAUGAACCCCAGUGAGGUCUUCUGCUCCGUCCCCGGAAGAUUGUCCCUCCUGAGCUCCACAUCGAAAUACAAAGUGACAGUUGCCGAAGUCCAGAGGCGACUGUCCCCGCCUGAGUGCUUAAAUGCCUCAUUGCUGGGAGGUGUUCUCAGAAGAGCCAAGUCUAAAAAUGGAGGCCGGUCCUUGCGGGAGAAGCUGGACAAGAUUGGGCUGAACCUUCCAGCCGGCAGACGGAAGGCUGCACACGUCACCCUCCUGACGUCCUUAGUAGAAGGAGAGGCCGUUCACUUGGCUCGGGACUUUGCGUAUGUCUGUGAGGCUGAGUUUCCUAGUAAGCCGGUGGCCGAGUACUUAACUAGGCCUCAUCUCGGAGGACGGAAUGAGAUGGCCACGAGGAAGAACAUGCUGCUGGCCGCACAGCAAGUGUGUAAAGAAUUCACGGACCUUCUCAACCAAGACCGAACACCCAAUGGGAACAACCGGCCGGCCCCGGUCUUAGAGGCGAACAUUCAGAACUGCCUGUCUCACUUCAGCCUGAUUACCCACGGGUUUGGCAGCCAGGCCAUCUGUGCCGCCGUGUCUGCGAUGCAGAACUACAUAAAAGAGGCUUUGGUCAUCAUAGAGAAAUCCUACAUGAAUCCUGGGGACCAGAGUCCAGCCGAUUCCAGCAAGACCUUGGAGAAGAUGGAGAAGCAUCGGAAAUGAAACAGGUGGAAACAAAGGGAAGACGAGUCUGCAAGGGGAAAAAUCUCCAAAACCACUCUCACCGGCCACAGAUGGGGAAACUCCUCAGCCUGGGGGGACAAGCUGAGCUUUUACUUGCCUUCCAUUGAAAGGCCUGCUGGCCUCCCGGAGUUGGACCUGCCCUCUGGGAGUCCUUAGUAUUUCUCUGGCGCUGAAGCGUCUCCUUAACUCUGGACAAGUGAUCAGAAGGUGACAAGUACUGGCUCUCUAUUCAUUAAGCUUAUGUUUUAUUUCGAACCCCAUUCUUCCUGUCUCUGAAAGUGGUGCUACAAGUUUUCAAACCUUUUAAAUCCAUCCCCUGGGCUAACAAAACCCCCACAUGCUUAGCUGUUGAAAUGUCAAGUCUAUGUGAUUCAAAUCAAUAAUAACUUUCAGUGUUAAAGUCAUUGCUGGCUUCCUGCCCACUAAAUAUUUAUCUUUAGAAAAAAGUGUUUAUCUAGCAUCUUCAGAUAUCAAAUCCUGCGUUCAGUAGGAGGCAGACUCCGCUUAGCAACUAAUUAAUAGGUGGUAUUGAACACACUUAAAAAUCCCCUUGUUCAAAAGGGGCUUUUGGGUUUUACAAAACACGUAGAAGCAAAGCCUGCUGAUUUUAUGUUGUUUGUUUUUUGUUUAACUGAAAAUUAACUCUUCAAAUGGGAGAUUCUUUGAAAUGACAUGUUCCUUUAAGGUACUGAAGCUUUAUUUUGCAUAUUUAUUUCACAUCUUGGUGAUUCGAGUAAACUUGAAAAGGGUAGGCAUGAAGCGUUUUUUUGCUGCCUGUCACCCCCCAGGUCCCAGAGGAGGCGCUGUUAUUUUGAGAAACAAUGUGUACAGAUUUUAUUUAUGCAUAAUUUAAUCGGGUCUGUAAAUACGGGUGCACUUCUUAGUGACAUUUUGAGAAAUGGGGUUCCAUUUUAAUAACUUUUAAAGGUGAUGGGGUCAUCUAAAACACAUCUUUAGGUUUUACUCAUAUGUACACAGGGUGUUACGAAUUAGGAUCCUGGGCUCUGUUCUAUUUAAUUGAAGCUCUCUGUUCACAAAGCGAUAACUUUGUGUCUCAUUCCUGUUGGGCUAAUCCCGGACAGGAGUGCGCGGUGCAGUGUAUGGGGUGCCAUGGAGAGUUGGAAUUGAACUCCAUUCCUGUAAAUGUUCACACAUUAAAUUGUGUAUAUGAUACCUGUACAAUAAAAAGUAUUCUCUAUAGAAGCUGUGGCAGUCUGGUGAUGACUUGAUUGUUUAAAGUCUCUAAAAUGAGUGGAACAGUGGCCGAGCUAUUUAUGGUUUGACUGGCUUAGUUCAGAGGACUGAGUAGGAAGAUUGCAAGCGAAGGGAAAUUGGGAGUUUCAUUUUUCUCUGUCCUGCAAGACUGCUCAGCUGCCCCAGGUUCUGUGCUCACCAGCGGCCCUCGGCUGCGUAUAGUGCCAUCUCACCGCAAGGGGUGUUGGGAAGUGUGUGAGGGACAGUUUAUUGACAAUAGUGAGAGGUGCCAACAGUUUGGGAAUAACGUCUCUUGUGUAAGGCUGCCCUGUUGAGAAACACUACUCUACGGCCAAGUUGCCACCUCAAAAUAUACUGAGAAUGGAAACGAUUGUAGGCACUCCUCGGGCAGACAUUCCUUAGGAGGACUUGGCAUUCAAUCAAAUGCAAGCCAUGGGGGUGAGGGCUCAUUGUUUUCAUGAUCGUUUUCCAUCAACCGAAGUUCACGUUUGGGGACGCAGUAAUGCGAAUCUAUCCUUGGCCUGCUGAUCAUUUAGUCUGCCGGGAAAAUCAGGUCGGUUCUCUUGCCCUCCGCUCCCAGAGCAGAGGACUCUGGCAGGGCCUGCGAACUUGCUGGCUGUCUUGAGGAUUUUGGAUGCGCACCAUCGGGACUUGGUUUCAAGUUGAAGUGGCCUGGCAUGUCCUCCAGGAAGUGAUGUGUUUAUAGUUUGGCACGAGCGGCUGGGCUUCAAAGGGAAGUGCGAGCAGAGGGUUUCCACAGUGGAUAAGGCCUUUGCUUCGACUCCAAUCUCAUAAUCCUUAAUGCAUAACUAUCAAAUGCCCAGCAAUUCCUGACUUAAUGUUGGCAUUGGAGGUUAAGUAACUUAAACUCUGCCAACCUAAUACUUUGCUCUUGGCAGCCUGUACUUGGCCCUGAACGUUCUCAUUUAGUUCGAUUUAUCUGGUUGACAUGUCAAAAAUCACAAUUGCUUUGCUUCAGAGCAGCUAAAAGGUCUUCUGUUGGCAGUUAUUUCUCAAUCAAGGCGUGAGAUAUUAGGUGUUAAAAGGAAGUUAUGGGGGCAAAGGGCCGAAGGUAAAAGGACUAUUUUGUUAUCAGCAUCUUAACCUGCUUCUGGCUUUUAGGAGCUGUGCCGAAUUGCAAUGCAGACAAUGUUCUGGAAACGCCCCAAAGUCCACCAAGCACUGAAGUGAGUCAUAAGCAGGGCUUUUCCUGGCUCCGUGCUCAGUUCUCCUUUCUCCUCCUUCCCUCUGCAAGUCCACAGACAGCUACUGACUCCUCUGGGCCCGGUGCACAGUAACGACAGGUUUUUCUGCCCAACACCUGAGCUGAUACCAUGCCCAACAACCAAGUCCCCUCAAAAGGUCCCUCCUAAACCGCCGACAGCCUCUUGCUGAUUGAGGGCUCCUGGCCCUUGGAGCACUUCCAGCUCCUGUGGUCGACAUGUGACGGGAUUGGUGGACCGUUGCUUCCCAUUGGCCUGGGUGAUUUUUGUUUCAAGCCCUGUCUGUGUUAGUGAGAUGGCACUUCUUUCUGUUGUUCAACUCCGGCUGUUUGACAAAUUGGGCUUUGUAUUAAGGCACGCGCACCGCUGAAGGCUGUCCUUUCGGAGAAAGCCUGACGAUUCUCCCUUUUCUGCCCGGGUUGCACUGAAGGGAAACCCAUCAUUGUCUGAAGGCACGCUUCUAGAAUUCCACUAAUGACAGAGAUGUCUGAGCAGGACUGCAUCUGUGGACUGGAGACUUGCCCAUCCAGGCACCUGGCACCUCCAAGAUGCCCCUGCCCCGCAGACAGCCCGCGUUCAGGUUCUCUGGGAGGUCAGAGGGUGUUUUCAAUAGCACUUCACGGUGGUUUUAUCUUCCAUGUGCGCACAGUUUACGAUGAGGGUUAGGAAAGGGGUGAUGAGUCUGUUUCUCAUUUUCAACGAUUCCAUAACAAUGGCCAUCAUUCUUUCUUUUGGGGGGUCUGGUGUCAGGGUAAGCCCUGAGACCUGAAGUUCCUGUGUUUCAAUGUUAAAAAACAAAACAGGGAUAGGGUCAUGGGUGGGUGAAAGACAGAAACUACUCAAGCUCAAGGCUUGGUGGUUGGGGGCUUCUGGGACCCGUUGCCUAGUUUCCUGGGGGGAAACAUUGGAUACCAGGUGUUGGCAAUUCCCCAAGAGGUUGCUGUCAUUUCUGAUGACUUCUGAGCAUUUCUCCAGCUUUUCCCUUGUGCUGGGUAGAGUGGUGUCAUAAGGUGGCCAUUUAAUUGUCUCUAUAAGUGGGUGGAGAACCUGGAGAGUAGCCACCAGUGGUCCCAGAGGCAAGAACUGCCUGAGGCUCCUGUAAGUGUGCUUUCCAGGUGUGGGAACGCUCAGCUAUCCUGGCGAGGCAGUGACCCUUAGCAAAUGCCUUCUCCAGUGCCUGCGCUCAGCUGGUGGUGAGGGCUUUCCCUGGAGAGAGUGGGACGGAAAGUUUGCUCUGGAAAUGUUGAUGCUGCAAUGCGGGAGUGUGCUCUUCCCGGGGGUGCUCUUGCAUCCUCGAUGAUAAGAGAAUGGUUGACUUCCCUUCCCAGGUAGCACUAUACCUUGGAUUUCUCUUCCAGUGCACAGUCUUCAUUUGCUUCUCUGAAACUCAAAGGCCACUGUGCUGGGAGGCUUGGUGACACUUGGAACCUUCAAAAUCUAGCCCCUUCCUGGUUUUGCCAACCCAGGCUGGCAUCAUGCCAAGGUCCACUAAUGCAAAGCCUAAGCACCUUGAAAAGUCUUUGUCCACCAGUAACAUGGAACAAGCUUGCAGACGCAAACUUGACUUCUUGACUUAAAAAAAUUAAUCUUACAUUGGCGUUCAUAGUCUCAUGAAACGCUAUUUUUGGCACCAUCAGAAGCACUGAAAUUUCCUUGCCUCUUUCGGGUAACAUCUUCAUGGGGGAGAGGAGUAGAAGUAAAACAUGGAAAGUGAGUGAAUUUGAUAAUUCCAGGGACCUCUCCAAGGAAUAGCCUUGUUAACAAUGUUUACAAGGUCAAAUCUCAGUGGGUUUUUUCAUGAUACAUGGGGUGUUCCUUGUGACGUCUCCACAUUUUCCAAGGAAAGAUCUUCAAUUUAAGGAAUGACAGUCCCAGGUGAGAGUCGGAUGGGUUGAAGAGGGCAUCUUGGCGCCUGGCCCUUGAUGAGACUAGAAGCCUUUGGGACUUCAUGGGUGUUAUGGGUUGAAUUGUGUCUUCAAAAAAGCUAUGCCCAAGUCCUACCCUUUCAGAAUGUAACCUCAUUUGGAAAUAGGGUUGUUGGUAAUUAAACUGAGGUCAGAUUUGCAGUACAGUGGGCCUUACUCCAAUAUCAUUUGUGUCCUUCCAAGAAGAGGAGAAUAGGCAGUAUAGC